CAUGGGCAAGAAAUAAUCUCUCGCUCUCGUUUUCCUUAUUCCGCAAAGUUACCGCGGAACUUGGAAGCAUAAGAUACUGCUGCAGAUGUUGCCACGUUUCUGCCGUUUAUAUAACACAUGCAAAUGUCAUUCAGAGUGUGUCGACGCGGCGAAUAAGUUCGUACCGGCAUGACGUCAACAACAGCUGCUGCACGCUUUCCGUAAUCCUAUUUUGGAAACUGUGAAAAGAAAAAUGCGCACUUUCUCCGCGACUAUCCCGCAACUGCUUCACAUUUUAAGAAGUUACGUGCAGUGCUUCAGCAUUUUACAACCGUGCUCUUGAACAAGUCACUCACUUUGUGAAUAACAAAUCCUUUCAUUAAAAUUUACCAAACUUCAGGUAAAAACUAAAUUUGCAGGGAUUAGUAGCUGCUUGUACUCUACCCUAAAAAAACAUCUGGACUGCCCUCUUACGUUUAUAUGUUUGCGCCUGAAAUUUACACUUAUCGGACAAUAGGUUUCACGCACUCUACCAAAAGCACUCGAUCUUUAGCGAAGUUUCUGCAUUUAUCACAGAGGUAUCUGGAUAGCGAAAAAAAAAGUAAAGGACGGUUUCCGCAUAUUCUUUUGUCAGCAGCUCUGUAUGCAGGCGACCCAUAUUCUUUCUAAACACUGACCACUCGAAACUCCCCGAACAUGUACCGUGUUACGCUGACUGUUGUAAUGGCGCUCUUCGUAGGCACAAGUGAAGCUGACCAUGUUACUUCUAAAGACCUGCAGGAAUUACUCAACACUCAUGUACCAGUUUAUGUCUACGCAAGCAGUUAUAUGACCUAUGUCUUUGGCGACGCUUUGACGUGUAUUUAUUAUAAGAAUCGACAACUGAGCCAAACAUACGCCAAAUUUGAGCUGUAUUACAAAGUUGAGAGUCAGAGGUUUAACGUAACUAUUUACGCCAUACUGGGGGAUGACCCUGAAGUAGGUCUUCCAUACAUGCAGCCCCUCUUCUGGCCAGGAAGUAACCAUGGGAUGGCCAACAAUCGCACGAUGCGUUCACUUAUUGGGAAGCCAAUACCAACAACCACAGCACCACCAGCAGGCAAACCCGGAGAUAAGCGAAGAAAGCACGCUUCCUACGGAAUUCUACCCCGAGACCUCUGGACGCCUGCACCCGUUGGCAGAGGCCCGAGCUUACAGCGGCCCAGCGAGGACAUCCCAGUCUCCGGCUGCUUCCUGCUCAAGAUUCCCACUGCGACACCUGCGUCUGAUCAGCCAGCUGAAACAGCGCUCCCGUCAUCAACAACCCGCCGCUUGUCCUCAUCGCUGGUUUGGUGA